AGAGGCUCUCCGGGCAAACGUGAACACUCGCACUACUGGAAGACAGAACAAGCAUACACACUGUAGGACUAUUGUGGACCGACAAAAUGAAGAGGAAUCACGAUUUUAGUUCCUCGGACAGCGAGCUGGACGAGACUAUUGAGGUGGAGAAGGAGAGUGGCGAUGAGAAUGGGAACAUGAGCUCUCCCCUCGGGUCCAUGUCGCCCUCAACUUCUACUCAGGUGCAGGCGAGGAAAAGGCGUCGAGGAAUAAUUGAGAAACGGCGCCGUGACAGGAUCAACAACAGCCUCAGCGAGUUGCGCAGGCUCGUGCCCAGCGCCUUCGAGAAACAGGGCUCAGCCAAAUUGGAGAAAGCAGAGAUUCUGCAGAUGACUGUUGACCAUCUGAAAAUGCUUCAUGCUGCUGGAGGCAAAGGUUAUUUUGACGCUCAUGCGCUGGCGAUGGACUACCGUGGUCUGGGUUUCAGGGAGUGCCUGGCUGAGACGGCCCGCUAUCUGAGCAUCAUCGAGGGCUUGGACGGGGCGGACCCUCUGCGUAUCCGCCUGGUCUCCCACCUCAACAACUACGCCAGUCAGAGAGAGGCUCACUCCGGCCUGAGUCACCUGGCCUGGGGCUCUGCGUUCGGGUCCCCUCCUGCCCACCUCACGCACCCCCUCCUCCUCCAGCACCAGCAGGGGGCCACAUUGGCACCUUUACCCCGCAGCGCCACCAGCAGCCCACAAACUCCUCUAUCAUCUACAUCUUCCUCCUCCUCUUCUUCAUCCUCGUCCAGUGCAGACUCUCACAUCCCAGGCAGACGCAGCGGCACCCCUCACUCAGAUCAGGGCCAGAUCCGGGUCCCCCCCACCACUGGGGCUCCCAGCACCCUCACACACCCUGCCUUGGUCUCCUCAUCAGCGUCCAAGCUCUCCAAUCCUCUCCUCUCCACCCUCUCAGCGUUCCCCUUCCCCUUCAGCGCCUUCCCCAUCAUGUCCCCCUCCUCCGCCCUCAGCGUCCCCAUCCCAACAUCCAGCGUGGGGAAACCCUACAGACCCUGGGGCAUGGAGAUAGGCGCGUUCUGACUGAGAUGAAAAAGCUCCACUCAAUCUACACACAGACUCUACUCACUACCCAGCUGAGCUGGACGUUCAAAGACAAUACUUUAUAUUUUCCAAAUUUAAGAAAGUAAUAUUUUUUUUCUAUGAUGUUGACAUCCUGCAGAGGAUACUCCUAGCUGUAGGAUUUUCUUGCUAAUGUAUUGAGUUUUGUAUAGAAGAGAAAAACAGUGAGGAGUGAGACCAUGACUUAAAAGCAUUCAGAGUGAUUUAUUGUGAUUGAUCUCUGUUCCCCCACACCCCUUCAGAGGUUUCACCCACUGUUGUCAGCCUAUCAGGAAUGGCUUUUCCAGAUGGUCAAGCAGUCGCCACCCGUCAAGUUCCAGGGUGAAACUGCCCCCCCCCCCUUUGUUUUCCCCCUGUGCUGAAAAACCCUGUGUUGGUGCCCUGGUUACAUGCGGGGAGGGGAGUGGAGGGAGGGCUUGAGGUGGUUGAGAGUCACCGCCUUUCUACAGCUUUUUAAUGGAGUGGAAUAACCGAAACCAGGUGUUUGUUUUACUAAAUACUGGAACAGAAGUUAGUUACCAGCUUGGUUCAAAUAAACAAGAUUUUCCCACAACUCCCUGUUCAUAUGGGGCCUUAUUGAUUAAGCUUUCCUCCCUAAGUAAUGUUUCCUCUACAGUAAAUCCUGUUCUUAACAACUGAGACUUCACAUAUGUUCCACGAGUUUCUACCAGCUGUUCUGUUUUUGUAAUUUCUCAUGAUGCUUGGGUGAUUUUUAUUACCUUGUCUUCAAGUUGUUUUCCUGUUCAAAGUAGCAGCAUUAUCGACCUGUGUUUUCAACGGAGCUCAUUUGUAUCUGUCACAGUAGUUGCAAGGCAAUAGACUUACACCUGAUGUUUUGGUUUCUCCUGUCACUGAGUUUGUUCAUUUUAUGGUUGCACUGACAAAUCAAAUAUUAGUUGUUGCUGGUGGUAAUGACAACUUCCCUGUAAUAAAAAAAGUUAUGUUAAAUCAC